CUAUUUUAUUGUAUGUAAAACAAAAUGUCUGCGCCCAUGGCUUUCGUGCGAGUUCGGAGGAUGUUGUCUUCAAACGCAAAAUUUCUCAGCUCAUUUUAUAAUUCAAGAAAAUCUACAUCAAGAUCAUUUAGCAAGCUUCUUCCGACAGACGAUGAGCUUUAUGUCCGAACCACUGUUAGUCUUUUAGCCAAAGAAGCUGUAGGUGUUCCGCAGAUAACAGCGUACAGUCAGAAAGGCUUCACCAUCAACGAAGAUCUAAUAACCGGCCCAGUUGCAAUAUUACCGAAAAGUCUUAUAUCAUGGAAUAUACGCAAUUGGGAGGAAGUGUCCAAAGAAAGUUUAACAUUAUUUUAUUUGCUAGAACCUAAAAUAGAAAUUCUUGUCCUUGGACUUGGCUCAUCAAGUAGACGACUUGAUCCUGAAAUUCAUGCAUUUAUGAGGUCAAAGGGCAUUGCAUUAGAAGUUCAAGACACGAGGCACGCUUGUGCUACGUUCAACUACCUCGUAAAUGAAAGCCGUAUAGUGGCCGCAGGACUGCUCCCCUUGGACCCCACGAUACCACCGGCGUUACAAAAACUCAGAGCAAUGGAAACGCAGAAAAAAUUAGAAUGAAAAAAUUAAAUCGCAAAUUGACAAUAAGAUUGUUAUAUAAAAACGAUGUUGGUUGUGUGUUAUUGUUGAAUUUGUGAGAUGAAAGUGCACAGAAGUUUUUAUACUUUGUUGAAUUUUGACUCGUAAAAGCAACUAUAGACCUGAGAAACUAACAACCUGAAGAAAUAAUGAAUGACCAGGCAGUGUAACUAUUGACCUGGCAAGAAUGUUUUAGCCACUAAUGCCGAUAACAGUAAUGAUGUACAGGUAUUCGUAUUUGUUAUAGUUUUCGUAAGGUUGCAAAACCUCUCUAAUCAUAACAUUAAGAUGAACUGAAAUCUAUGAAACUGUUUAGUGGAGCAGUGAGUGUUUGUUAAUUUUUUGUUUAAAUUUAGGCUAUGAAAUUGUAUUUGACAAAAACAUGU